AUGAGGCCCCCAGCACCGGGCCACGCUGAUAUCAGCACUAGUGAAUCCGGCCCCCAAAACCCUCUAUAUAUCUACGUCUUUGUCCCCAGGCUGGCAUUCAGCUUCGCUCGAGUCGCCUCCGCUCCGUCUCUUGCAACUCCAAAUUUUGGUCUACAGGAACCUACCACGAAAAUGCCCUCCCACGCUAACAUCCCCCUCUUCUACCGCAUCGCCCUCCUCUGGUACGAGCCCCUCGCCUCGGGACUCGGCGCCUACCUCGUCCUCUUUGAACCAGACAAGUACUUAAACUCCUUCGUUCCGCCCUCGUACGCAUCCCGAAGCCACACGGACGAUAUCCUCCUCAACCAACUCGCCGCGGCAUUUGUCUAUGUCUCGCUUAGCCAGGGUGUCCUCCUAAGAUAUACGAAUGAUAUUACGAUCUGGAAGAUUGUGAAUGCGUGUUUGCUCGGGUGGGACUUUAUACUCCUUUAUAGUAUUUGGUUUGGACUCGAUAAGCAGGGGAGAUUGGGGCUCGCAGAGAUUAGGGGGGAUGACUGGGGGGUUAUUGGUGCGACAUUUGGGAUGACACUUAUUAGGAGUGCGCUUUGUCUUGGGGUUGGGUUUCAGAAGGAAAAGGUCAGGGGCAAGAGGCAGUAA